UUUCUCAAUUUUCUUUUCUCCCAUCAUCUUAGUUAUCUGACACCAUUUGAUCCACCUACACCACCGUUAUCUCUGACCCACACUUCAUCUGCUGCAAAACCCUUGCUAUUCAUCCUUCUGCAUACUAACACUCACAUCUGACAUGUUUUCGGUUUGCUAAUGGUGAUCAGAGCACUUGUUUUCUUUUCCACUUAGGAUAACAGUAUUUGGGAUUUGUACCUGCAGAGGAAAACGGUAGUGAUGAUAUUGAGAAACCUGGAGGCAUUUGAGCCUAUUAUUAAAGCAGGAUGGAGGUUUUCUAAGUUCUACUGUUUUAUACGCGUUACCAAAACCUAUCUGAUCGCCCCUGCUGUGACCUAUGGUCCUAGCAUGAUUCCUACAAUCGAUUUGAAAUCAGGUAUGUUCUUAAUGGAAAAGAUCUCACCCCGGUUUGGUAAAGUUGCUCGUGGAGAUAUUGUAGUCUUGCGCAAUCCUCAACACCCUAGGCACUUUAUGACCAAACGUGUGGUUGGAUUGGAGGGUGAUAGUCUUACACGCAUUUCCUCUCCUGAUAACAGUGAUAAGUCUAAGACGAUUGUGGUGCCAAAGGGUGCCGUUUGGGUUGAGGGAGAUAACAAGUAUAACAGCAAUGAUUCAAGAAAAUUUGGUCCUGUUCCUUAUGACCUUAUUGAUGGCAAGAUGCUCUGGAGGUUAACGCCACUUAAAAAAUUUGGACCUUUCUGGUAUAAAUGAUCCGAAGCAAAGCAUUCUUUCUGGAAGCUACAAUCUUUUGCAGCAUGGCUUUGUAUGUUAAAUUUUGAAAGGCAAACCCUACCUAUCUGUAGUUAUUCCCUAGACUGGUGCACUUUGCUCACCAAAGAUUGAAAUUGCCACAUUUUGUUAUAAUAUGGGCAGUUUUUUUUGACGAAGCAAUUUAUCUUUUAUGCAUGAAGUAAAUGACAAGUAGUAGAUGAUCAUAAGAAUCUACUCAGAUAUUAGAAAUGGAACAUAGAAUUUUCUGUUGUUUGAGCACAUCCUUAAUAUAUCUAGUAUGGUUGUCCAAUUGGCUUUGAUGGAAGAAUUUAUGUAAUCCUUAUUGAAAACCUUCGGCCUUUUGAAGAAGGGUCUUCGACUAUAAUGGCCCAUUGCAUUGCUGAUAUAUGAAAUGCUGGUUUGAUGAUUG